GGCACUGCGAUGGCGAUGUAUGCCUACUUCGUGCUUACUCGUCAGGAGUAUGUCUAUCCUGAUGCAAGAGAUAGACAGUAUCUGCUGUUCUUCCACAAGGGCGUGAAGAGGACACGCUUUGACAUUGAGAAGUAUAACAAGCUGAAGGAUGAUAUUGCUGAGGUGGAACUAGACCUGAAGCGCCUACGGGAUCCUCUGCAGCUUCAGCUCCCGAUUCAGCAGCUGCCUGCCGAUAAGAAUUGAUGGCUAGCGUGACUCCUAUCCUCUCUAAUUUCCUGCAACCGACCUUCUUUCUUCCUCCUCCCUGCUGCCGUCUGAACCCCCUCCCCUU